AUGUGGACUGCAUCGUACAGCCGGGAAGAGGACUGGGAUCGCUGCUGUAGUCAAGCGAAUGGCUUCGAAUGGGUCGAUGAGUUCGAAGAAGACAGCGAAACGGCAAAUCUUGAAGACGAAAGCGAAACACCGUUUGAGGUUCAAGAGAUCAUCAACCUUUUGGAAGAUUACGACAUAGAUGAUGCCGAGUCUGAAAAUAGUAAUUCACUAGAUCCGUGGAUGGAAAAUGCUCUACGCAUGCAAGCAGAUCUAUUUCGCAUGGCACAAUGGAUACGAACAAAGCAAAACGAAUAUGCUGGUCUCAACAUGGGCGAUGACGAGGCUGCACUGAUCCAGUCCACGAUAACUUCCUUCGCCGCAACAACUGCAAGUGAGCUGGAGACUUUACGGAAAAUUAUUCCAGCGUCAUCGUCGGAUAUUUCAAGCCAUCGCUCUGGGAUCGUCCAAGUAUUGUUGAUGAUUCUUCAAUCGAUGGUGACUUCUCCUUUUGGGAGACUUCAGAAACAGCGGACAAGGCCUGCGGUUCACAUUUGGCAGAACCCCCAGGAGUGCACACUGUUCCAACCGAAGCAAAAUGGAAACAAGAACAGCUCUCUUAUAGACUUAAUUGAUAGCGAUGGUGAUGAGAGCCGUGACCAACGAUUUUUGCCAACCUCAGCAGGAGUGAUCAACGAUAAAAGCUUUGAGACGAGGUAUCAAGAUGACGCGCGGGAAAAUAGAAUGGCUCCACAACGUCCAAGUUUUCUUGAGAAUAUCGAGAGGGAAGAAGGAAAAUCGGUUUCGCAAACGGAAGAUCUGGACUCUCCGCGUGCGUCGCUACUCCCAUCACCUGUACCUACCCCACUUCCAAAACCACAAAUCAAGCCGUAUCAGGAUGCAGCAAUAGAAGAGUCGAAUCGGCAAUUUGAGGCAGAUUUGCAGCAGGAGGUAGCUAUGCUGACUGUUGCUGCCCACAGCGAUCUUGACAGUGUCCAGCAAAUGGAGCACAGAAUGGUCGAAAUCACAACACUAAUAGGUCAGUUUUCGAACCUUGUGGGAGAGCAACAAGAAGAAAUCCUUCAGAUUCAUGAUUCAGCAAAAGAAUCCAAGACAAACUUGAACAGGGGACAGGAAAGUUUGGUUGACGCGACAUAUCGACAGAAGAAGUCAAGGCAUUUGUUCGCUUGGAUAAUAUUUGGAAUGUCGAUGACGCUGUUGUUUUUCCACGUACUCAGAAACUGA